AUGGAUGAGGCCACUAGUUACCUUCAGGGUAACGAACAAGCAGGCGCGGAGGAGGAUCCGGAGGAGGAUCCGGCUGAGGACGUUGCUCCUGAUAGCUCUGCUGAGGGAAGGAGCCGUGGGAGACCCACUAGACAACACCCGGAAGCGGGUGGUGAUAGGGAACCCGAGGUCAAUCGAGACCAAGGGCAAGAGGGAGUGGCCGAAGAUCAAGUGGCCACCGCAAUUAACCGUAUCACUGAUGUCUUGGAGCGCUUGACUGAACAUCAAGCCUCUGGGCCAGUGCACCGCCAAGGAGGCCCAGCCGAUUCUGAGGAUCAGGCACUGGAGAGGUUUCUGAAGUUUGGACCUCCUAAGUUCUACGGAGGACCCGAACCUAAGAUAGCUGAGGGAUGGUGGGAGAGAAUCUCCGACAUCUUCGCAGCUUUAAACUACAUGGAAGAGCGGCAGGGGGCGAUGAGUGUCGCCGAAUAUGAAGUCCAGUUCACAAAGCUAUCCCGUUUUGCUCCUGAAUUGGUAGCCACGGAGCAAAGGCGAGUCAGAAGGUUUGUGCAGGGUCUGAAUGUAGAAGUGCAGGAAGGUUUAGCUGCCGUGAGGAUAGAAACUUUUGCAGAUGCCGUCGAGAAAGCCCAGAGAGUUGAAGUAGCUAGGGCUCAAGUGAAAUCUUUUCAGGCUAAGAAAAGAUUUGCUCCUAGCAGUAGUCGGGAGCCGACGUAUGGCAAUGCUCCACCGGCCAAAGUGGGCCGAGGAACCAUUGGAGUGAAUAGUCCUGGAGCACCACGAGGCGCCCACGCAAGAGGAAACGGGGCCAGGAAUGCGGGGGGACGAAAUAAUGGAACCAGAGUGGGACCGAUUGGAAGGGGACAACCUAAGAAUACCUCGCAGGGAGGCCGAGCAAUAGUUCCCCAAGUGAAUUGUGCAUUUUGUAAGAAACCUGGCCAUACUAUAGAUGGUUGCUGGAAGAAGCAAGGGAAGUGUUUGAGAUGCGGAAGUAGCGAGCACCAAAUUGCUGGAUGUCAAAAAAUGCAGGAGGGGAGUACUCCAAACGCUAGACCAAACACUUCUGGAGGGAGCCGGCCAACAGUUCCGGCCAGGGUGUAUGCUAUAGAUGACCAACCUGUACCUGAUUCCUCGGAAGUCGUGGAAGGUACUCUCCCCAUUUUUCAUCGAUUAGCUAAAGUGUUAAUUGACCCUGGUGCAACUCAUUCAUUCGUAAAUCCAUCAUUUAUGUCGGGUAUAGAUGUGAGACCUGUUAGAUUACCCUUCGAGCUUGAGGUUAGGACACCAAUGGGGAAUAAGAAGAUAAUCGCUAGCUUAGCCUUUAAGAAUUGUGAAUUCUGGAUUGGAAAGCGUAAAAUGCUAGUGGAUCUAAUCAGUCUGGACAUAAAGGGGUACGAUGUUAUCAUAGGAAUGGAUUUCCUAAACCAAUAUCAUGCUAAACUUGAUUGCCGAGCGAAAGUGGUGGAAUUCUGUAUACCUGGAGAAGCAACUCUGAGGUUAGAUGUUAAGGGUAGGUUAGCAUCAUCUGCUAUGAUCUCAGGGAUACCGGUGAGGAAAAUGUUGUCAAAAGGAGCUCAAGGUUUCUUAGCCUUCUUAAUUAAUGCUCCCAGUGAUCAAGUGAAGUUAGAAGAUGUACCAGUGGUACGGGAAUUUCCGGAUGUUUUUCCUGAGGAGCUAAAGACUCUACCACCGGAAAGAGAAGUGGAAUUUAGGAUUGACUUGGUGCCUGGAACGGCUCCAAUUUCUAAAACUCCGUACCGAAUGGCUCCUGCCGAGCUAAAGGAGUUGAAAAUUCAACUGCAAGAUCUCUUGGAGAAAGAUAGUUUGUUCGACCAACUGCAAGGGUCAGUAGUUUUCUCUAAGCUGGAUUUGAGGCAAGGGUAUUAUCAGUUAAAGAUUAAGAAGGAGGAUAUACCCAAGACUGCCUUUAGUACGAGAUAUAGACAUUUUGAGUUCGCAGUCAUGCCUUUUGAUUUAACUAAUGCACCAGCGGCAUUCAUGGAUUUAAUGCAGAGAGUCUUUAAGAAGUAUCUGGAUCAGUUUGUAGUGGUUUUCAUCGAUGAUAUCUUGAUAUACUCAAAGACUCGAGAGGAACAUGUUAAGCACUUGGAGAUAGUCUUGCAAAUAUUAAGGGAGCAGAAGCUGUAUGCCAAAUUCAGCAAGUGUGAGUUUUGGCUGGAUGAAAUAUCCUUUCUAGGACAUAAAGUUUCUAAGGAGGGAAUUGCCGCGGAUCCGGCAAAAGUGAGGCCGUUAUGA